UACGUUUUUUCCUUUUCUUAAUUUUUAUACUUAAAAGAUAAAUACGUAGUUGAUUUCUUGUGGGUCAAGGAACCUUUCCUUUUCCCUAACUUAUGGGGUUUAGGAAUUAUCUGUGAGGGUGUUAAAAAAAAAUGGAAUUAUCUGUGAGUUGCACAAGAAAAAAAAGGGAAUUUUCUGUGUUAUUUGUUAAUAUAUAAAGUCAAAAGUUAAGAUCUUACGUUAGCUAUAAUUUUUUUUGCUUUGGUCCAAAACGCAACCCCUAAAACAUCAUCAAGAGAGGCGAUGAAUUAUCCAAUCUACAUUAGUUCAAGUAGUGAUGAUGAAGAAGACGAAGUUCAAGAGCCCAUUAAUAGUCAACAACCUGUGACGACGACGACCAUCAUUAAUGAUGAGAGACGUAUCUAUCAAGCUGCGUUACAAGAUCUGAAUCAACCCAAAACCGAAAAAGACUUACCUCACGGUGUUCUCUCGGUUCCUCUCAUGAGGCAUCAGAAGAUCGCAUUGGAAUGGAUGCGGCAGAAAGAAAGGAGUUAUAAUAAUUGUCUGGGAGGGAUAUUAGCUGAUGAUCAAGGACUCGGUAAAACAAUCUCGAUCAUUGCUUUGAUCUUAUUACAAAAGUUGAAGUCGCAAUCACGGCGUGUGAAGAAAAGAAGUAGAAGAUCUGGUGGUACAUUAGUUGUUUGUCCAGCUAGUGUUGUAAAACAAUGGGCUAAAGAGCUCGAUGACAAGGUCUCUCCUCAAAAUAAACUCACUGUUUUGGUCUACCAUGGUUCUAGAAGAAUCAACGAUCCUGUUGAGCUGGCAAAGUACGAUGUUGUCGUGACGACUUACGCGCUUGUUACAAACGAAGUUCUUCAAAGUCAAAGAAGAUUCUCUGGAGCACUAGGGAGAGUUAGGUGGUCGAGGGUGGUUUUAGAUGAAGCUCAGACAAUAAAGAACCACAAAACACAAGUUGCAAGAGCGUGUUCUAGUCUCAACGCCAAAAGGAGAUGGUGUUUGUCCGGAACACCGAUACAGAACGAAGUCAUGGAUCUUUUCAGCUACUUCAAGUUCCUCAGGUAUCAUCCAUACGCUGAACUAUGUUCGUUUAGCCAAAGAAUCAUGGUUCCAAUCAGAAACAACCGUGUGAAAGGUUACAAGAAGCUUCAAGCUGUUCUAAGAGCUAUAUUGCUUCGCCGUACCAAAGAAACAUUACUUGAUGGGCAACCUAUACUUCACCUCCCUCCAAAGACUAUUAAUCUGACUAAGGUUGAUUUUUCUCCAGAGGAGUUUGCUUUCUACAAAACGCUUGAAGCAACUUCGCAAUCAGAGUUCGAGGCCUAUGCUGCUGCGGGAGCGGUCUACUCAAACUACGCUUAUAUUCUCGUGAUGCUUUUGAGACUACGCCAAGCUUGUGACCAUCCAUGGCUCGUUAAAACAUCGAGCUUCGAACGUGUGAACCAAAGCGGCUUUACGUCGACGAAAAUCAAUGCCGUGAUGAACACUCUAGAGUCGCUUGGGAAGCAAGUUAAGACCUUGGUGUUCUCUCAGUGGACUGGUAUGCUUGAUUUGGUUGAGCAUAGCUUUGGUAAAAGCGGUGUAACGUUCAGAAGACUAGACGGAACAAUGUCUCUAGUAGCGAGAGACAACGCUGUGAAAGAGUUCAACAAUGAUCCAAGUGUGCAAGUGAUGCUGAUGUCGCUUAAAGCUGGAAACCUAGGAUUGAAUAUGGUGUCGGCAAGUCAUGUGAUAAUAUUGGAUCUUUGGUGGAAUCCGACAACGGAAGAUCAAGCUAUUGAUAGAGCUCAUAGAAUUGGACAGACUCAGGCUGUUACUGUGACUCGUAUAGCUAUCAAUGGUACUGUUGAGGAUAGGAUUUUGGCUCUUCAGGAGACGAAAAGGAUAGUGGUUGCUUCUGCGUUGGGUGAAGAUCCUGGUGAACUAUCUGCGACUAGACUAACUGAGCAAGAUCUUGGAUUUUUGUUUUUUGGUGUCAAGCAGGAACAUAUAUAACAUUUUUAGCUAUAUAGGAAGAUCUUGGGUAUUUGUUUUUUUUUUGGUGUAAAACAAGAUUUUGAUUUGGAUGUUUUAAUAGCUAUGGUGAUUUUCUAUUUAAUAAUUAUUUUUUAAAAGUUUCCUUCUUAUAUGAGUUUAAGAGUUUUUUUUUCUAUACCUAUUUAAGGAUUUCAUAUGAUUAAUUAAUAACAAAUGAAGCUUCCAAAAAAUAACUUAAUCUCUAAGAGAGAUUAGCUUAAAAGAAAGUAAGCUUUUUAGUUCAUAUCAUUUUCAUACAAACUCCUUGCAGCCUGAUCAUCUUCAUCUAAGGGACAUGCGUCAAAGCUUCACAAGAGGAAGCAUCAGAUCAUCACAACGUUAUUCAUGGACAUGAAGCACAAGGAGACACAAGCUAAACACGGAUGGUGAUUUCCUCAAGUUCAUCUCAAUCUUGUGAGAUUGGCAAUACUCAUUUUCUUAUAUGAAUGAAUCUACUCUCAGCAGAAUGCUUUGAUUAACUCACAAGCAGUUUAUAA